AUGGUACAGUGUUUAGGGCCAUUCCCACUUGAAUUCCUCGAACAUUGUGAGGAUUGGGGGAAAUACUUUGAUGAGAAAGGCACACUUCUUCACACAAACAGCAAUUUUGCGCCAUCCACCCUCAAAGACAUUUUGCAAGGCUUUGAAGUCCUUAAUGAGAGCGAGAUUCUAGGCACUGCUGCAUUCUUGCGCAAAUGUUUGACAUUAGAUCCGAAGCUGCAACCGAGUGCCCAAGAGCUACUAAAAGAUGGUUGGCUAUUGGAAUUUUUGGCCCCCUAG